AUGAAGACGUCUAUUCUUGGUCUACUCUACCUCGCCUCCCUAACGGCGUGCAACAAGGGCAAAAUGGGACACAAAGGUUGCACUCAACAGACCACGUGCGAAACCGAGGACCCCAAUGCAAGUCUCCUUCACUCCUGGUACAAUAAGUCGGAGCUAACUACCGCAUACAUAGGAGACAAAUUGUCUACAAAGCCAGUGGGUGAGCUGCGAGCUCCUCCAGCACGAUCACAAAACCCCAUGUCUCGUAAAUGUAGGAUCAAGGAGAACCUCUACCCCCAAAGCCUCUCGCCGAGCAUCAACUCGACAUAUCCAUAG